UAAGGUUCAGCGCCUGCGUGGGCCACGGUCUGUCGGUUGCUGCCCUCUCUUCCUGGCUGGUUGAGGGUUUCCCUGGCCGAGCUGCGCAAUGCGGAGGCUGCAGGUGGUGCUGGGUCACCUGAAGGGCCGGCCCGCUUCGGACCCGGAGCCGCAGGCCGCCCCGUGUUGGAGCGGUGAGCGGCGGGCGUCCGCAGAGGAUGUCGUGGUGGUGCACGGGCGGCGCACGGCGAUUGGCCGUUCGGGCCGCGGCGGCUUCAAGGAUACCACCCCCGACGAGCUUCUCUCCGCCGUCAUGACCGCGGUUCUCAAGGACGUCAAGCUGAGCCCGGCCCAGCUGGGAGAUAUCUGCGUGGGAAAUGUGCUUCAGCCUGGGGCCGGAGCGGUCAUGGCCCGAAUCGCCCAGUUUCUGAGUGACAUCCCGGAGACUGUGCCUUUGUCAACUGUCAAUAGACAGUGUUCGUCGGGGCUCCAGGCGGUGGCCAGCAUAGCUGGUGGCAUCAGAAAUGGGUCUUAUGACAUUGGCAUGGCUUGUGGGGUGGAGUCCAUGUCCCUGGCUGACAGAGGGAACCCUGGAAAUAUUACUUCACGCGUGGUGGAGAAUGAGAAGGCCAGAGACUGCCUGAUUCCUAUGGGGAUAACCUCAGAGAACGUGGCUAAGCGGUUUGGCAUUUCGCGGGAGAAGCAGGAUACCUUUGCACUGGCUUCCCAGCAAAAGGCAGCCAGAGCCCAGAGCCAGGGCUGUUUCCAGGCUGAGAUCGUGCCUGUCACCACCACGAUCCGUGACGACAAGGGCACAGAGCAAAGCGUCACCGUGGCCCAGGACGAGGGCAUCCGCCCCGGCACCACCAUGGAGGGCCUGGCCAAGCUGAAGCCCGCCUUUAAGAACGGGGGCUCUACCACAGCUGGAAACUCGAGCCAGGUGAGUGAUGGGGCUGCUGCCAUCCUGCUGGCCAGGAGGUCCAAGGCAGAAGAGUUGGGCCUUCCCAUCCUGGGGGUCCUGAGGUCCUAUGCGGUGGUCGGGGUCCCGCCUGACAUCAUGGGCAUUGGCCCUGCCUACGCCAUCCCGGUCGCUUUGCAGAAAGCAGGGCUGACGGUGGAUGACGUGGACAUCUUUGAGAUCAACGAGGCCUUUGCCAGUCAGGCUGUGUACUGUGUGGAGAAGCUGAAACUGCCCCCUGAGAAGGUGAACCCUCUGGGGGGUGCAGUGGCCUUGGGCCACCCGCUGGGCUGCACGGGGGCUCGACAGGUCAUCACGCUGCUCAACGAGCUGAAGCGUCGCGGGAAGAGGGCCUAUGGGGUGGUGUCCAUGUGCAUUGGCACUGGCAUGGGAGCCGCCGCUGUCUUUGAAUACCCUGGAAACUGAAGCGGCCCACAUCGGAGGUGCCGCACGGGAGGGAUGCUUGUGGAUCUUAGUUCCCAGACCGGGGACUGAACUCGGGCCCCCUGCCAUGGAAAUGCGGAGUUCUAACCACUGGACCACCACGGUCUUCCCCUUACUUCUGUAGUUAGCAGUGCUGAUGAAACACUUUUCAUGUUCACUGGCCAUCUCUAGCUGUCAUUCUUGAACUGCCUAUUAUGACCCUUUGCCGCUUGAGAUGCUUGUGCCACCGCUCUUAUUGUUAGUUAAGAACUCUUUGUAUAUUAAGGUGAUCAACACUUUGUCAUUGGAUAGAGCACAAUUUAAAGCAGAUAACUACCAUAACCCACCUGUCCAAUUUACUAAAUAGUUCAAGAAAAUCUGUGAGAUAAUUAAAUGACAUAGGACUUGGAACACAUUUCACCCCUUCAUCCUACACUAGGAGCUCCCUACUGGCGUGGUCUGCUCUCUUAUUCAUCCCUGUACCCCCACAGUCCAGGGGACCACACAGGACCCUGUACAUAUAAAGUCUCAGUUCAUGCUGA